UGUAUUUUGUACAUAUAUCCAUGCUAUUUCCGAAUCAGUGUCUCUAACAUGUCCGCUAAAGCCAUGUGGCCGGUUUCAGGUUCUUCUGUAGUUUUUCAAUCUGAUGAUGAAGAUGAUAAACUUGAAUCAAAUUAUGAAUCUACAGAUACUGAAGAUUCAGAAGAUAACAAAGCAAUAAAUGAUUCAUAUAAAGGAACACAAAAGAAUUCACGAGUUAUAUUAAAAGAUAAGAAGAAUAAAAUAAAAAUGAAAUAUAAAAAUAAAGAAUCUCUGAAAAAAUUAAAUACAUUGAAAAAUGAAAAGAAUUCUAAAGAAUCAAAAAUGCAGGAACAUAAGGAUGACAUCUGUAAUAAAACACAAGCUAAAAAUAUGCCUAAUGAUGAAGAUGAAUAUGACGAGUAUGAUAGUUCCGAUGAGGAAGAUACUUAUAACACAGUUGGAAAUGUACCGAUGAAAUGGUAUGAUGAUUAUAAUCAUCUUGGUUAUGAUUGGGAUGGUAAAAAAAUUCCAAAACCAGAAAAAGGUGAUGAAUUAGAUAAUUUUUUAAAAAGAAUGGAAGAUCCUGACUUUUGGAGAACUAUAAAAGAUCCUCAAACUGGCCAAAAUAUUAUAUUAAGUGAAGCGGAUAUAGAUUUAAUUGUAAGAAUUCAAAAACAAAAAAUACCUGAUGUUCAAUUUGAUGAAUAUGCGCCAUGGGUGGACUGGUUUACUUCUGAAGUAAUGAAAACGCCGCUUCGAAAAUUUCCAGAACAUAAACGUUCUUUCUUACCAUCUAAAAUUGAAGCUAAAAAGGUAUCAAAAUUGGUACAUGCUCUCAAAAUGGGUUGGAUGAAAUCUACUGCCGAAAUGCAAAAAGAUAGGGAAAAGAAUCAGGAGCCACAAUUUUAUAUGUUAUGGCAAUCUGAUGAUCAGGCAGAAGAAAUGCGUAGAAUUCAUAAGCAUAUUCCAGCUCCUAAAAGACAUUUACCUGGUCAUGCAGAGAGUUAUAAUCCUCCAUCAGAAUAUUUAUUUGAUAACAAAGAACUUAAAGAAUGGAAUAAAUUGAAAACAACUCCAUGGAAGAGAAAAUUACACUUUAUACCACAAAAAUACAAUUCUCUUCGAGAAGUACCAGCAUACUCUAGAUAUAUCAAGGAAAGAUUUCAGAGGUGUUUAGAUCUAUACCUAUGUCCUAGAGCAUUAAAAAUGAGAUUGACAAUAGAGCCUGAAGCUUUGGUUCCACAAUUGCCCAGUCCAAGAGAUUUGCAACCAUUUCCAACUACAAUGUUUAUGGUAUUUAAAGGACAUACAGAUAUGGUCAGAAGUAUUACUGCAGAACCAGGUGGUCAGUUUAUUGCUUCUGGUGGAGAUGAUAUGUUAUUGAAGAUAUGGGAAGUGAGUACAGGCAGAUGCUUAAAAACAGUGCCUUGUGGUGGUGUUAUUAGAAAUAUUGCUUGGUGUCCAAACCAAACUAUAUCAUUGAUAGCUGUUGCAGCUGAUAAAAAGGUUCUCUUAAUAAAUCCUGGUGUUGGAGAUGACCUUAUUAGCAGUAAAACUGAUGAACUUUUGGAAAUAAUACCACAAAGUGAAAAAAUAGUUAUUGAUAGAGUACGAAGUGCAGUACAGUGGGACCAAGUAGAAAGAGAACACUGGUCUAUUGGAAUUAGGGUAAUUCUAAAUAAUUUUAAAAUUGUAAAACAAAUAACAUGGCAUGGAAAAGGAGAUUAUUUUGCUACUGUAAUGCCAGAUGGCCAAAAUAGAUCAGUAUUGAUAAAUCAAUUGUCAAAAAGAAGAUCUCAAUUACCAUUUAGUAAAUCAAAAGGAUUAAUACAAUGUGUGUUAUUUCAUCCAAUUAGACCAUAUUUAUUCGUUGCAACACAAAGGAAUGUGAGGGUAUAUGAUCUUGUAAAACAGGAAAUGGUUAAAAAAUUAUUAUCCAAUUCACAAUGGAUAUCAACAAUGGCUAUUCAUCCUGGAGGUGAUAAUGUUUUGGUAGCAACGUACGAUCGUAAAAUGCUUUGGUUCGACUUGGAUUUAAGCACUAAACCUUAUCAAACAUUGCGAUUACAUGGAGCUGGUGUACGUGCUGUAGCAUUUCACAAACAAUAUCCUCUAUUUGCCUCUGGAGGUGAUGAUAGGGGACUUAUUGUAUCUCAUGGGAUGGUGUACAAUGAUCUUUUACAAAAUCCAUUAAUUGUGCCGUUGAAAAGAUUGUGUCACCAUGAAUCUUAUAAUGAUUUUGGUAUUUUGGACAUCAUGUUCCACCCCAUUGAACCAUGGGUAUUUUCUGCAGGUGCAGAUUCUACCAUACGAAUGUAUACAUAAAUAAAUUGUUCACAAAAUAUUGCUAUAGAAUUACAUCAUACUUAUAAAAAAAAUUCCAAUUUUAUAUAAAACGCAUAAAGUACAUGUUAUCUGUUUUAAUGUAUUUUUCCCUUUUUUGUU